UACAUUUCAUUUGGGUACAGCUUGACCGAGGAUUUAAUCCUUGCGACACACACUGAAAAAAUUCCCCUCCGUGAUCUACUCUUAACUGAUAGUCACUAACUUUGGACACAUCAGCCUCAACAUCCACUGACAAUGGUCCUUUGUGAAAUGGCAUCUGUGAUUCAGCUAUUCAGAACCUAAUGAAGUUGGUGACUCUAUGACAAUGUGGAGGAAUCAUGACAGAAAAUCAUUGUACUGGGGCUGUCAAUGCUGUAAAGGAAGUUUGGGAAGAAAGAAUAAAGAAACACAAUGAAGAAUUAAAGCGAGAGAAAGAAUUUCAACACAAGCUGGUGCGGAUCUGGGAAGAACGUGUAAGCUUAACUAAGCUAAAGGAAAAGGUCACCAAGGAAGAUGGGAGAGUCAUCCUGAAGAUAGAAAAAGAGGAAUGGAAGACCCUCCCUUCUUCUCUACUGAGACUGAAUCAGCUACAAGAAUGGCAACUCCAUAGAACUGGUCUGCUGAAAAUUCCUGAAUUCAUUGGAAGAUUCCAGAACCUCAUUGUGUUAGAUUUAUCUCGAAACACAAUUUCAGAGAUACCUCGAGGAAUUGGAUUGCUAACUAAACUUCAGGAACUGAUUCUUAGCUACAACAAAAUCAAGACUGUCCCCAAAGAACUAAGCCACUGUGCCAGCUUGGAGAAACUGGAACUGGCAGUUAACAGAGAUAUAUGUGAUCUUCCACAAGAGCUUGGCAGUCUGUUAAAACUUACUCACCUUGAUUUGAGUAUGAACCACUUUACUACAAUCCCUUCUGCCGUGUUGAACAUGCCUGCCCUUGAGUGGUUAGACAUGGGAAGCAACAGACUUGAACAACUUCCCGAUACUAUAGAAAGAAUGCAAAGUCUACAUACAUUAUGGCUGCAGCGGAAUGAAUUAACAUGCUUGCCAGAAACAAUUAGCAAAAUGAAUAAACUGGGUACCCUUGUUCUCAGCAACAAUAAACUGCAAGAUAUUCCAGUAUGCAUGGAAGAAAUGGCAAACCUGAGGUUUGUCAACUUCAGAGACAAUCCGCUGAGACUGGAAGUCACGCUUCCUCCCAGUGAAAGCACAGAGGAGGAGGAGGAACGGGAAUUAUUUGGCCUUCAGUUUAUGCACAUGUACAUACAGGAGUCACGGAGAAGAGCAGGUAGAUCACCAAGUCAACUGUUCAACUACUUUACCAAUCUCUGUAAACAUUGAUGGAUAAUAUAAUUCAAGAUGCCCUGCUGAAGAGGAUUACUUUGGGAAUUUGGUGAAUUCUCUCAUGUUUGGACCUCUGAAGUAAAAAACAAAGCUAUUACCAAAAGUUUAACGAGGCCACAGCAUUUUUUAACGUUCAUAUAGUCUGCUAUUUAAAUUAUAUUUUUGUGAAUAUAAAAAUAUAAUUAAAAACUUCUUUUUUUGGUGGAA